AUGACGGAAGACACGGAAAGAGACCCUUUCCAAGCCUUCUUCGAGUCAUCAGAAGAGAGCGUGAGUGCAUUUCUUCGCACCUUUACGGAGCUCUCAGCGGUAGAACGGGCGUUAUUGACUCUUGGAGACCCGCUAAAGUUAAAGGAAGAAACAUGUAUAGAUGAGAAUGUGAACAAUUUAUCUUCUGCGACGAUGCAGACAUUAGCAGAAGCGGAGUACUUUGCGGCGGCGAUUGAGGCCUUUCGUGUAGAGGGACAAGAACUGAAGAGCAAUAGUAAUAAUAAGAGUAAAAAUGAUGAUAGUGAUUCUGUAUUACCGCUACUGUUAAAUAAUAGUAAAUCUUUUCCAUUGAAUGAUGUAGAAUUGGAAGAGGAGAUACUAGUAGAUGAAUCUGUGGCUCUCAAGACAUCUACAAUGACGGCAUUUCUUAAUUAUGGUUGUACGGAUAUUGUACCAACCUUUGACAACUUUAUUGAAGGAGAUGAAAUACAAAUGGAGGAAGAGAGAGACAUUGAAGGAAAAAUGGAGGAAAACAAAAAGAAGAGGAUGUUUCAGUCCAAAGAAAUGAGUCUAUAUAAUAAAGACUUACAAACCGAAGAUAUUAACAAAGAAAAAACUUCUUCCACUUUAGAUGGAGCUGUAACUUCUCCUACAGAUGCUAUUAUUGGUAGUAGUGGUGUUUCUCAUUCUCUUGAAGAGAACACAGUAAAUGAUACUGAGCAGCAUGAUAACUGUGAUGAUAGUGAUGAUGGGUCUGGGGAUUGUGUAAGUGAUAGUGAACUUGAACUUCCUGGACUAACGACCAAUACUUCACUGCAGAAAAAUAACGGACUGAUGGAAAGAUGUAAUAUUUUUCUUUCAACAAAAGACCUUGAUGUGUUAAGAGAAGUAGUGGAUGAUGAGGUUCGGCCAUUCGAGCUAGACCCCUACUUUGACUACGAUGCAGAUUUGAUUGGCGCAGCUGCUCGACAAAACGACACUCACUGGCGGGUAUGA